GGUAAUACCAAUAUGACGAAAACUACUCUUCUUUUUGCUAUCGCUUGCCUUUGCGUGGCUGUUGAGGCUCAAACGCCCAGGCCAAACGAUAUUUGCGGAACUGAAAACGCAAAAUGCCGACAAAAUGAACGAAGAUUGGGAAGGAACAAUGACGUAUCCACCAUCUUUAAUAAUCACUGCCGACAAGCCCCAGGCGGUGCAAACUGGCGCAAUGUAACCCGCUGCGAGUUGUCUCUGGCCUCCUGUCGAUUGACAAUCGAGAGUUGCGGAGCUGUAAACUGCGCGAACGUGAGAAGAAGCCUUGGAGGUACCCGUCCCGGUCCCGUUGAACCUGGCACUCCAAGAACGACAACUCCUGGAAUUCCUUCUCCUCAAACUCGCCGAACCACAACUCGUAGGACCCCAACCCCUUCCCCUCGCCGUACUACAACUCGAAGGACCCGAACCACUAGAACACCUUCUCCUCGCCGAACCACCACUCGUAGGACCCCAACAACUAGAACUCCUUCUCCUCGUCGAACCACUACACGUCGGACUCCUUCUCCUCGUCGCACUACCACUCGUCGACCUUCCGAAGAGUAA